CCGGGAGCCUGCCCAGCCCCGGAGCCGCCGAGAGCCGGGGUCCCGCGGGGUCCAGCCCGGGGAGGAAGAGGAGGAGGAGAGGAGCCCGGCCAUGGCUGGGCCCCGGGGCGCGUUGCUGGCCUGGUGCCGCCGCCAGUGCCAGGGCUACCCCGGCGUGGAGAUCCGGGACCUGAGCGGCUCCUUCCGGGACGGCCUGGCCUUCUGCGCCCUCCUGCACCGGCACCGGCCCGAGCUGCUAGAUUUUGACUCGCUCUCCAAGGACAAUGUCUAUGAAAAUAACCGCCUGGCCUUUGAGGUGGCGGAGCGGGAGCUGGGUAUCCCAGCCCUGCUGGACCCCAACGACAUGGUCUCCAUGAGUGUGCCCGACUGCCUUAGCAUCAUGACCUAUGUGUCUCAGUAUUAUAACCAUUUUACCAGCCCCAACCAAGCUGGCGUCUCUCCACCCGGGAAAUACCCGGCAGCUCCUUCCUCUUCCUCAUCUGGGGCAGCUCCCAAAGCUGAAGCCGAAGAUGGCAGGAUGCAGGAGCAGCAGGGGGUGGCUCCCGAAAGCCUGACGGAGCAGGGCUCCCGAGGCAUCCCUAGCAGCACCUGUGCCUCCUGUCAGCAGCAUGUCCACUUGGUGCAGCGGUACCUGGUAGAGGGCAGGCUCUAUCACCGGCAGUGCUUCAGGUGUAAGGAGUGCUCCAGCACCCUGCUCCCCGGAACUUACAAGAACGGGCCGGAGGCAGGCACAUUUGUGUGCACCCAGCACCGGGGCAAGCUGGGACCCCUGGGGCGGGCAGAGGGCAGGCCCAGAGUGACCUUGCAGCACCCAGAGGUGAUGGAGGGGACAGAGGCGGCUGGCGGUGGGGAGAGCACUGAAGAUCCUGCUCUCUCUCAGAGUGACCUGGGGGAGCCAAAGGCUGGCACGGAGCCCCCACCUCAGACUCUGUCCAAACCCCCACUCCCCAACAAGCCCCAGGAGCUGGCCUCUCCCCCGGCCCCCCGGCCCACUCCCGCCCCCAGGAAAGCCUCGGAGACGUCCGCCUCGUCCGCCAGCCCCCAGCCGGUCCCUCGACCGCGCUCCAGUGUGCCCGGGGAGAGCCCUGGUGAGCAGGGCAGCUGCCUGGUGAAUGGAAGGCUGCAUGAAUCCAGCCCCCCAGUCCCCAAGCCAAGAGGGACGCCCAAGGCCCCAGAUCGAGCUACGGCCCCAAAGAAGAAGGACCCACCAUGGAUCACCCUGGUGCAGGCAGAGCCCAAGAAGAAGCCAGCCCCUCUCCCUCCUGGCAGCCGGCCGGAGACUCCCUUGCGAGCUGCAGAGGAAGGAGGGAGCCCAGGAGAGGCGAGCCCUGCUCCGGAGCCAGAGAGCCGGCCGGCGGCUCGAGAGCCCAAGCCCUACAACCCCUUUGAGGAUGAGGAAGAUGAAGAGGCUGCAGCCCCUGGCACCCCAGACCCCGCUGAGCAGACCCCCAAGGCUUUGCAUCCCUGGUAUGGCAUCACCCCCACCAGCAGCCCCCGGACGAAGAAGCGGCCGGCUCCGCGGGCACCUAGCGCCUCCCCCCUCGCACUGCACCCUGCCGGCCUCUCCACGCAGCGCCUUUCUCACUCAGAGCCUCCUUCUUCGACUCCGUCACCAGCCCUCAGCGUGGAGAGCCUUUCCUCUGAGGGUUCUUCUGUUCCAGCCCCUGGGGAACUGGAACCCCCGGUGGUACCCAAGAGCUCCUCUGAGCCCACUGUCCACUCCCCUGGACCCCCCACCAGCCUCUCAGCCACCUCUUCCCUCUCCUCCUCUGAAGAGAUAGCCCAGCCCAGCCUGGACCAAGACACCCCCAGCCCCUCUGCCAGCCGUGCCAAAGUCGACCCGGGCCCACAGCCUGCUAAGCCCUAUGCUGGGGCCGCCCCCACCCCGCUCUUGUUGGUCAGAGAGAAGAGCCCUCCAUCCCCCCAGCUGCAGGUGAAGUCUUCCUGCAAAGAGAACCCCUUUAAUCGGAAGGCGUCACCCAUGUCCUCCCCCACAACAAAGAAAACCAAUAAGGGAUCGAAGCCUGUGCGACCGCCUGCCCCUGGACACGGCUUUCCACUCAUCAAACGGAAGGUCCAAGCUGACCAGUACAUCCCAGAGGAAGACCUCUACGGGGAGAUGGAUGUCAUUGAGCGGAAGCUGGACCAGCUGGAGCAUCGCGGGGUGGCCCUGGAGGAGAAACUCCGCAGUGGGGAGAAUGGUGGCCGUGAAGAUGACCUUCUGGUGGACUGGUUCAAGCUCAUUCACGAGAAGCACAUGCUAGUCCGGCGGGAGUCGGAGCUCAUCUAUGUCUUCAAGCAGCAGAACCUGGAACAGCGGCAGGCCGACGUGGAGUAUGAGCUGAGGUGUCUUCUCAACAAGCCAGAUAAGGACUGGACGGAGGAUGACCGGGGAAGGGAGAAGGUGCUCAUGCAGGAGCUGGUGACCCUCAUUGAGCAGCGCAAUGCCAUAGUCAACUGCUUGGAUGAAGACCGGCAGAGGGAGGAAGAGGAAGAUAAAAUAUUGGAAGCCAUGAUCAAGAAGAAAGAGUUUCACAAGGAGGCAGAAGCUGGGAUGAAGAAGAAAGGCAAAUUUAAGACCAUGAAGGUGCUGAAGCUGUUGGCAAACAAGCAAGAUGCCAAGAACAAGUCCCCCAAGGACAAGAGCUAAGAGCGGCGUGGAGAUAUGCGCGCGGCCGCCUGCCUCUGCGUCGGCCUGCCGGCUUCCUCCCUGCGCUGGACUGGGCUCUUCCUUUUCCUGGGGAGCUUCUAAGACCAGUCUUCCCAGGAAGAGGACUUCUGGAAGGGGGGUCCCCAAUCCAUGCCUUCUCCCUUCUCUCCAUUCUUAGGCUGACUUGGGCCAAAGAGCUGCCCCCUUUCCCAUGGCUGUGGGUGUCAGGGGGCACUGCUGCGGGAAAGUAGACUCUAUUUAUUCAGCGGUGUCUUUAUGGUUGUUGUUACUGUUAUUAUUAUUGUUGUUGUCAUUGACUAAGUGAGCACUAAAGGGUCCGGGGAAGGUAGGGGGAAGCUUGCACCCCCUUCCCCCCUUCUUUACUCUGCCCCAGCCACCUGGGGCCACCCCCAGCCCCUACCGCAGCCCCUCUCCUCACCACUUCUAGAAAAGGUCAUUGCUUCCCAAGUAUCCCAUGACUGAAGUGGCUGGUAGCAGCAUGCCAAUGCCGCCAUGUCCUCUCUCUCCUCCCUGGGGGGGGAAGGGGGGUGAGCAGCAACAGUCUCCCUCUCCCCCACAUCCCACAGGAGCUAUUUAUUACAUGAUCAAAUGGGUUAAAGUUCAGUCCUGAUCUGCAGAUGGAGACUGCCUCAGAAGGGAGAAUAGAAGGGAGAUCCCUUCCCACAACCCUGGCAGGCCACAGGAAGUGGAUCCUCCCAGUCGGUACCGGGAGCCCCCACCUCUCUCCCCUUUUCCUGAUAACUCCUCAGUUCUUCCUCGAGCACUGUGAGCCCCUGGCAGAUUCCGGCUCUCUCCGACACCUGUUACUCGGCCCCACCCGUCACAGGCAGAGCAGAUGUUUGGUUUCAUUUCUGUACGGGGAGGGGAAGGGUCCCCUGUACUCCCAGUUCUCCUCUUGUCCUGAUCAGUGCCAACGUCUGCGCUCCCCACAGCUGGGCUGGCCCAGUGACUUCUAGGGCCUUGCUGGCAUGGCAACAGAAUUCAGUGAAAGGUCACACUGUAUUAUCUUGGGGAUGUCCUUUCCCCCAAAUAAAUGGAACACACUUAAAUUUGCCACCCAGCUGGAUCCCCGUGGUGAUUUGUCCGCCAAGCUGCUCUGACCUCUGGCCUGCACAGCCCAUCCCAGCAUUGGGCCGCUGUGGUUAAGGAAGCUCGGUGUUCAGUGUCCUUCCUCCUCUCCCCCCAUCCUGAGCUGAGACGGCUGCGCUGACCACGCCACUCUCCCAUCUUCCUGGCAUGUGCCAAUGCCACAUCAGCCGGCGGGCAUUCCUACUGCCUCUCAUCCCCUUCCUCCACCUGCCGGCCAACCGCUGUGGGCCAAAGGCCCAGGCUGGCAGAAUUUGGAGCAAACGGGCAUUCUAGAUACUUGGAGUGAGAGUGAGGAGGGACCCCUGAGAUCAUCCAAGCACAAGAUCUUAGGAUGUCGCAGCUGGAAUGGAAUUUGGAGGCCAUGCGAUCCUGUCCAAACCUGAGGCAGAUUCCUCCACUAUCUCUGAUGGGUGCCCCUCCAGCCUCUGCAUGAAGACCUCUGUCUGGUGAAGGGGAGCCCACGGCCUUGAGGGACAGCCUGCUCCACUCUGGGACAGCCCACAGGAGGAAGUGCUUCCUGCCAGCCUGCCUAAACCUAUUCCUCUGGGAACCCCCUUCGCAUAACAAACCCUUUUUCCUUGAAGAUGGUGUUUAUGCCCCACUGCCACCCCUCCCCCGGGCCUCUGUCUUCCAGUCUCAACAUCUCCAUUUCCUUCAACCAGAUGAGGGACAAGUGAGGCUCAGUAGAAAGUGACUUGCUUCAGGUUAAUACAACAUUCAGUGUCCUUCCUGCUGUGGCCACAUGGCCUGGAUGGACAACUGCGUCUCCUCUGUGGCAUCCUGCUUGGAGGUGUGAUUGAUCAUCUUUCAGCAGGAAGCUUUUUGGACUUCCAGGCCUGGGGAUCCCUGGCUGGUGUCCCUCCCAACUCCCUGAUCAAGUCUUUUGUCCUUGUUCAGAGUACCCCAGGGAUGCUGCCCAGUGCCACUGGUGAGGCAACCUCUUAGCUUGAGGUGGGAAAUGGGGCCAGUACCUGCUUCUGGGACCAAAGGAGAUGUGUAAAAGCUCUCUGUAACCCUUGAACUGCUCUAGAAAUGGGACCUGUUAAUAUCUGAAAUGCAGCCAUUAGAGAUGGGUGGUGAGAAAGCACGGCAUGAAAGCACACCACCUGUGUCAGGAUGACGACUUGGCUUCACGGCCUGCCUCUGAGGCCAAACCACGCCGAGCGUCACUCAUGAGGUACUAACGCCAUUUGCCUCCCUAGGUUGAAAGGGUCCAAUGGGGAUCCCCAGGGAUCUGGGCUGGCUGGUUUUUAUCUGUGAUUUGGAGAAAGGCAUGGACAGCGUGUACAUCCAUGUGCAGGGGCCACAGGGCAGGGGGUGGAGCUCAUGGGGGAUCCAAGGAGAUCGGGACAGGCUGGAACAUGGCACCAUUGCUAGAGGAAGGGGAGAUUUGGGGGGAGAAAUGUUAAGUCAUACUUGAUUUGUCUAAACAAGCUCUUGAGUUCUGAGUGAACGGCAAGCUCCAGGUGAGGUGGCCACCGGGAGAGCCUGGGUGAUCUUGGGCUGCUUGAGAAAGGCUGGGCUUCUCGGGAUGAGGGGCUCUGUGCUCGCUCGAGCUGCGGGGCCCUGGCAGACCGCUUGGAGAGCACUAGGGCACCCUGGCUGGAAGAUGUCCGUUGAAGGCAGUGGGGAGGGGUCUCAAGAGUCUGUGGCAGAGGAAGCCCGCUAGGCUGAGUAAGGGCUGCCUUGUGGAGGAAGGCUGGGCCCUGUCUUGUUUGGUCCCAUAGGCUGUGCUCUUGCUAAGAGGCAAAUCUGGGCCUGGCUUGGGAAAGCUGCCCCUACGUGGAAGUGGGUCUUGGUUUGUUUAGGGGACUCCUGUCUAUAGGUUGGAUGGACUAAAUAGCUCUGAUUCUGUGAUGUCAGGGGGGAGGGGAAGAUGUUUUGCAAACCCUGGAAGCACUGACCAAGGCCUGCUAUUAUUUAGCUCCUAGCCCUCAAGCAGUUGGCGGGCCAAAAUUCUAACCCACUAACAUGAGAUUGGCCCCCUUCCGAAAGAAAGCUGUUUCCUCAAGACUGGGACCAAGACAGUUUUAUUGGUCUUCCCACCCUCGUGGCUAAAGCG